CGGCCAAAGUGAGUAACCCAAGUGGCUAAGCAAACUUCUAUAAGUUGACUUUCCUUUCCUGCUCUCCCUCAUUUAGGUUUCUCCUAAAAACCUUUCUUCCUUUUUCUCCUGUAUCGAAUCGAUCCUCUGUGCUAAGCAUGGGUACUACAUAUGGAACCUAUUUAACUGCACUGUGUUUGUUGCUUCUUUUAUCCCCUAUGGCGUUUUCUGUAUCAAAUGAUGGACUGAUCAGAGUUGGAAUUAAGAAGAGGAAGUUGGAUCAGAUCAACCAGGCUUUUGGUGGUAUUGAUUCUAAUGGAGCAAAUUCUGCAAGAACUUAUCAUCUUGUCGGAAAUAUAGGAGAUUCAGAUACUGAUAUUGUUGCACUAAAGAACUACUUGGAUGCUCAGUAUUUUGGUGAGAUUUGCAUUGGAUCACCACCUCAAAAGUUCACUGUGAUCUUUGAUACCGGAAGUUCUAAUCUUUGGGUGCCCUCUGCAAGAUGUUAUUUUUCACUUGCUUGUUAUUUGCACCCCAAGUACAAGUCAAGUCAUUCCAGUACCUACAAAAAGAAUGGCACAUCUGCUGCAAUUCGCUAUGGAACUGGAUCUAUUUCUGGAUACUUUAGCAAUGACAAUGUGAAAGUUGGUGAUCUUAUUGUCAAAGAUCAGGACUUUAUUGAGGCAACUCGAGAACCAGGCAUCACCUUUUUGGCUGCCAAGUUUGAUGGUAUUCUUGGUCUUGGAUUUCAAGAGAUAUCUGUGGGGAAAGCCGUCCCCGUCUGGUACAAUAUGGUAAAUCAAGGUCUUGUUAAGAAACCUAUAUUCUCUUUCUGGUUCAAUCGGAAUGCUCAAGAGGAAGAAGGGGGUGAACUUGUUUUCGGUGGAGUUGAUCCCAACCAUUUCAAGGGUAAACAUACAUAUGUUCCUGUAACUCACAAAGGCUACUGGCAGUUUGAUAUGGGUGACGUACUCGUCGGUGGUGAAACAACUGGGUUUUGUUCAGGUGGUUGUUCAGCAAUUGCAGAUUCUGGAACAUCCUUAUUGGCAGGACCAACAACCAUUAUUACUCAAAUUAAUCAUGCGAUUGGAGCUUCAGGAGUCGUCAGCCAGGAGUGCAAGUCAUUAGUUACUGAAUAUGGAAAAACCAUAUUGGAUCUACUAGAAUCAAAGGUAUGACAUCUGCUAUUUCUUUCUAUAAUUUUUUUAUAUGUAUCAGUAAGUUUUGCACAGGUAGCGUCAAUCUAUUGUCACAAUUUCGGCUCUUACACGGAUUUGGGUCUCUCGGGAUGUAAGGCUUGUAACAUCACCAAUCACCAUGUCAAUUAAUGUUUACGUUGCACUA